AUGUUCCCGCUGCCGAUGUUCACGCCGGACCAGGUCGCUCGGGUGUGUGAGAACCUGGAGGAGACCGGGGACAUCGAGCGCCUCGGCAGGUUCCUCUGGUCCCUGCCGGCGGCCGUGCCGGGCUCCGCGGGGGAAGCUCUGAACCGACACGAGUCCGUGAUGAGAGCGAGAGCGCUGGUCGCCUUCCACGGUGGGAACUUCGAGGGUCUCUACCAGAUCCUCCAGAGCCACCGCUUUACGCGCGAGUCCCACGCCAAGCUCCAGGACCUGUGGCUGGACGCGCACUACCGAGAGGCCGAGAGGCUCCGUGGGCGGCCGCUGGGCCCGGUGGAGAAGUACCGGAUCCGCAAGAAGUUCCCCCUGCCCCGCACCAUCUGGGACGGGGAGCAGAAGACGCAUUGCUUUAAGGAAAGAACUCGCAGUUUGUUGAGAGAGUGGUACCUUCAAGACCCGUACCCCAACCCGUCCAGGAAACGCCACUUGGCCCAGGCCACGGGACUCACACCCACACAGGUCGGCAACUGGUUCAAGAACCGCCGCCAGAGAGACCGUGCUGCGUCCGCAAAGAACAGAAUGCAGCAGGAUUCUUCCCACUUGCCCUCUGGGAGCUCACCUGAUGGCUCCCUCCAGGACCGCCGCCAUCACCCCCACUUGUUGCCUCCCUCUCCUCGCCACCUGGGCAGCCCGACGGCCAGCGACUGCAGCACGGACGAGCGAAGAGGAACGGGAGCCUCCACCCCAGAUAUCUCCGUCAGCAGCGACAGCGAGUUCGAGUCUUGA